UGUAAUUCAAUACCUUAAUAAUGCUCAGACGUUCCAGGUAAAGUGUAAUCAAACAUGUUACUUGUCCCAGUUUGCUACCACAACUCACUGUCAGUUUCAACCCUCACUGACUUGUAGUUAGUUGUAUUCCAACAAUAUGGAAGAAAACUUAACCUUAAGCAAUUGCCCUGGUCUUGAAGCUUUGGAUUUUCGUCCACAUCAUCCCUGUUUCAACUUAUCUGACACCAAGCCCUGUGAUGAAGAAUGGCCGUGUGAAAUUCGUCUGUUUUGGCUACAAAUUCAUCCCUUCAUUACAUUGACGAGAACAUUUUUAUCUUACGGAAGUCUUGUCAUCAUCACAUUGGGCAUAAUUCUCAACAGUCUCUCAGUCUAUAUUUUUAUCUCAUCCGGUCUUGCCAAGAAUGGGAGUGGCGUCUACUUAAUCGCAUUGGCUUUCUGCGAUACUGGCAACUUGAUUGUCAAUAUUUUAAUUGGGGUGUGGAGAGGAGCCAGUCACGAAUUCAAUGGAUAUUUUAUGGAAACCGAAUGGCUAUGCAGAACUCAUGGCGUUUUCGUCGAAGUAUUUCAAACCAUUUCUGCCUGGAUCGUCGUAGCGUUCACCGUGGAACGCUCCCUCGCCGUGUGGUACCCAAUGUUAUUUCGACAGAGUAGGAACCGACGAGCCAAAGUGGUGGUGGCAACUCUUGCCACGGUUUUUACACUUUUCUGCCUCUCAAAACUGUUUUUAACGGGUUUCGAAAAGGACAGCGUUUUCGGUUACGUUCCAUGCAACUCGCAACGCUAUGUUUGGGAAGGAAUGGCCUAUGUUCGAAUUGCAUUCCAAACUUGGAUACCCACCAUUAUCGUUUUCACUUUUAAUUGCCUCAUGUUUUGGAAACUUCGAAAAAUCAAAAUCAAUCGGCAGCGACUUACAGAGCAUACAAGAAAUCUCCCCAACAGGUCAGGACCUCAGCGGAAACACAGUUUUAUUAAUAAACCCAGCCCCACGAACCCGAUGCUGAUUGCCGUCUCUCUUGCCUAUCUCGUACUAGUCUUCCCCUUGGGUGCCGUACAAACUGUGGAAUUAUACUGGAAUUUGCACCACCAUGCUCCAAUUUCAGUACUGGAGCCACAAAAAUCUGCAUAUGUCCACUGGUUGAUGUACAAAAUCCUCUUGAAAUACAUCCGGUCAUUCUUCUUUGGGUUCUACCAAUUUAAUUUCGCCAUCAACUUUUUCCUAUAUUUUGCUGCCGGAGUUGAAUUUCGUCGUUACCUGCAAAAGAGGGUUAAGCGGAUGUACGCCGUGGCGACGGCCAAAUGCUCUUGUGGGAGAAUCACGGAAGGAAAUGGACCUUUACAAAGUUGUGCUUCAAAUGCCUCCAACGCUACUAGCACGUCCGCUUUGCCCUUGCAUUCUUCCCCUUCCACAAGCACGCUUGUCCAAAUGGUCAACGCUCCAAUGAAUAUGGCACAAUUAAAAAUGAUGACGUUAUAGUUGAAGAUCUUUAAAUAGUUUAAAAUAUUUUAUAUUUCAUAGUUGGGAAUAAUACAAUCCAUUUGAAUGUGCACGAUAAAUUUUCUAAUGAAUAAGAUACGAGAUUAACGGUU